AUCCUCUUUUCUCUGCUUUCCUGGCAGGCUGGUCUGGAUGGAGAAAACAUCGGAAACUGCCCCUUCUGCCAGCGCCUCUUCAUGGUGCUGUGGCUCAAAGGGGUCAAGUUCAAUGUCACCACAGUGGACAUGACCAGGAAACCUGAAGAGUUGAAAGAUUUAGCGCCAGGCACCAACCCACCCUUCUUGCUGUUCAACAAGGAGCUGAAAACAGACUUCAUUAAGAUCGAGGAGUUCCUGGAGCAGACCCUGGGCCCACCCACGUAUCCACACCUGAGCCCCAAGUACAAGGAGUCCUUCGAUGUGGGGAGUGACAUCUUUGCCAAGUUCUCGGCGUACAUCAAGAACCCACGCAAGGAAGCAAAUAUCAAUUUUGAGAAGGCCCUGCUGCGGGAGUUUCACCGGCUGGAUGUCUACCUGAACACUCCUCUCCCCGAGGAGAUUGACCAGGACAGCAUGGAGGACAUCACUGUCUCCAAGAGGAAAUUCCUGGAUGGAGACCACCUGACGUUGGCUGAUUGCAACCUGCUGCCCAAACUGCAUAUUAUCAAGAUUGCAGCCAAAAAGUACCGCGACUUCGAGAUCCCAGAGGACAUGACGGGCGUCUGGCGCUACCUCAACAACGCCUAUGCCUGCGAUGAGUUCAGCCACACGUGUCCCGCGGACGAGGAGAUAGAGCACACCUACGCCAGCGUUGCCAGGAAGAUGACCUAA